AAAUUCAAUUACAUCAACAGACUCGACAGUUUAGACACAAACAUUUGAGACUUUGCUUGCAUAGAAAAUAUUAAAGGCACACAAGAUCCACAACAGCUGCCAUGGCUUAUCCCGGUGGUGGACAGCAAUUGGAGAUGGGUCAUGGCCCAUACCCCUCAAUGGGACCCGGUGGCACCGUGUCUCCUCAAGUACAACAAUGGUUUCGGGCUGUUGAUAAAGACCAAUCCGGUUUCAUUACAGCUAUUGAAUUAAAGGCUGCUUUAGUGAAUGGCCAAGGGCAGAAUUUCUCUGAUACAGCAUGUAAUUUAAUGAUAGGCAUGUUUGAUAAAGAUCGAUCUGGGCAUAUCAAUUUAGAAGAGUUUGACAAACUCUACACCUAUAUUAAUCAGUGGUUAGCAGUCUUCAAAACGUACGAUACUGAUCAAUCGGGACAUAUUGAUCAACCGGAAUUGUCUCAAGCACUAGGACAAAUGGGAUUUCGAUUCUCCCCAGAAUUUAUAUCAUUUCUGACAAAAAGAAAUGACCCGAGAGAGGGAAAAAUAUCAGUUGAUAAUUUCAUUGUAUUGUGUGUGCAAUUACAACGCUUUACUGAAGCUUUCAGAGCAAGAGACACACAGCAAAAUGGCACUGUGACUCUUGGAUUUGAAGAGUUCUUAAAUAUAGCUCUUAGUUGCUCUGUAUAAAUAAAUUAAAAAAAAAACAAGCUUAAGUAAUCUCAUUGAAGUCUUAAAAAUAUUUUUUUAUAUGCUUAUACCACCAAUUUUAUUGUUACAAAAAAAAGAACUUUCACAUUGACCACAUUUAUAAUUAAGUUUUUAUAUUUUGACGGGUAAUGCAUUAUGUUAUACGACUAUGAAUAAAUAAAAGAUCAUAAAUA